UUCGGUCUCUUACCGGUCGUUCUCGGUGGAUUGCUCGAGCAAACCCGUCGUCCCGCCUCGAGCACUUCUUCAUCUCUCGCUUCGACCCUUUCCCGGGCCUGACCGACCUCUCGACGAUUCCACCUUUGACAUCGACAUCUACCGACCAUCGCCUUCUCAUCUCUCUCGAUCGAUAGACCAAGCGACAGUGACAUCGCCCUAGAGCUAGGCCGCUGGCAAUGUCAUCGACGACGACCCAAUCACCUCCAGGCGAAAUCCCUCUCCCGCCGAUGACCAUCAUGGAUUUCCUAGACCCGAACACGCUCACCGCGUUGCUCUCCCCGGCCAUCUUGGAGGGCAACAACCCGCCCUUGCCCAGUGGUAGUAAUAACAGGGGUAGACGGAGAGCAGGGUCUGGAGGAGGAGAGUUCAGUCCGACCGCUACUGGUACGAGUAUAGGAGAAGGGUCGAAGAUGGGCAUCGAGGGAGAAAAGACGAGCCGAAAGACUGGAGGAGGGGUGUUCGGGAUGGGCACGACUCACAACAACCAUGACGAUGGAAUUGACCGGUGGGACAGCUCGAACGGAACAGCCCGAUUGGGAGAGCCUUCCAGGCAGCAGUUACCACAGGCUCAAGGUCACGGUCAAUAUGCUCAGUCUCAACAACCGCAGCAAGAGCAACAGGUCCAUCAAUCGUCAUCCUCGACGAGUGACUUUUUCGACUUUGACCUAGCAGGACCAUCGUUCUCAAAUACCAGCAAUACCAACAACAACUCCAACAACCACGAUGGUUCUCGUGAUCGGAACUCUGCCAAACCGCACUUUCGGCAAGACGAGACGCAAUCGACCUCACCCGACUGGACGAUGCAGGGCGACCAAGAUGACGGAGGGACAGGUAUAGGUGUUGGGUUCAUGAAUAAUAGCCACAACAACGCCAUGGGUAUGGACGGGUUGGAUGCAGAGGUCGGCCAAGAGUUGCAGCGGCAGCUGGAACAAAUCCACAUGCAAUCCCCCGCCAUCUUUGCCUCGCUUUCAAACUCUGGACAGUUCUCUCAGACGACUCAUCAGGCGUACGCCCGUGGCCAGGAGUUUGACCACCGCAUCCCACCGCCUAAUCGGAUCGUUGGGAUGGGUGUGAAUACGGGCAUGGGCAUGGGAACGGGUGUCGGGAUGGGGGCAUUGAUGAUGGGCAAAGGAUUCAGUGGGGCUAACGGGUUGAUCACGCCGGCCCAAUCAUCCGAGAUUCUUGCCAACAUUCACGAAGGUCUCGUCAGCCCUCUCCCGAUGGCGCACUCGAUGCAAGAGCAAGAUGGCACAUUCGCCAUCAAUCAAAAGGGCGAGAUCGUGUUCACUCCGCUUCUUUCCCCGGCCAUCACCCAACCGAGCGAUUCAUCGAAUACCUCGCCGCACUUUGCGUCGAGCGGGUCGUCCAGCCGAGAGGCUAUAUAUUCGACGCCGUCGAGCUUGCACCAGCAGGGAGGGUCGAGCGGUACAGGGUCGUUCGAUCAACACGCUCAGCUGCAGGCGUUGCAGGAGCAACAAUUGAAUAUUCAACGGCAAUUGGAUGCGAUACAGAGGUCUCAGCAGCAAGCACAACAAGAGCAGCAGCAAAAACACCGCCACCAACAACAACAACAAUCAUCACAACACCACCAACUCCACCAGCCUCAGGGUCAACUGGGCUUACAAAACUCGCCUUAUGUCUCUCCCAUGAUCAACCCUCAGCCGAACGGUGGAUUCGGCUAUCAGAGUUCGAGUCGCGGGACGUCUACCAGUCAUCCGACCCCGAAUUCCGACUUCUUCUCGCCGUUGACAAGUCCCGCUCUGGAUCCUGUGCAGAUGGGGUUCAGGUCCUCUCAGAACACCAAUCCGUCAGUACAGCAGGCGCGGAAUCAAGGAGGACAUGCGCGAGAGAGAAGCACGACGUCGGCCAUGUCUCCUGGCUAUGUCAACGGGAUAAAUAAUCAAUACAACGGGAUGCCGAUGAUGAAGGUGCCGGAUAGGAGCAAUGUCACGCUGGAUCAGACGCUCAGUCCGGCCCUACUCCCUCAACCGGACGCUUGGAAGCAUCAGACCCAGCCGUCCAACUCAGGAUCGCCAUCGCAGGCGUAUCUUGAAGAGCUGGCAAGGAUGAUCAAUUCGCAAGAGCAGUCGCAAGUUGGGUUCAUGAGUAGCGGCGACGUGGGCCAGGGACAGGCUGGGGAGACGCCGUCGUCGAUGUCAGCGGUGACAGGACAAAGCAACGCCGCUUUGCCUUCUGCGGGAAGUAUCGGGAUCCAGGAGCACAUGGCGGCAAGAAGGAGAGCCGCGACGGUCGGAAAGAGUCCCGCUCUGAGACCGUCGAGGGCAUCGACAGGUCGAACGAGACCUUCGCCAAUGAUGAAACCUACACAUCGGCCAGGUCGGGGAGGAUCCAGCACGGUACCGCCUUCACCGCUGGUAGCCGCAUAUACCCCGCCCACGAUGCCGUCUUCUGCGCGUGCAAGCCAUUUCGGAGGUCGCGGCGAGGACUCUAUUGGAAGCGAGUCGCUUUCGCCCGUCGACCUGUCUCAGAUGAUUAUGCCGCCGCCUCCACCACCAUCGCAAAGCCUCAGCAAGGCCAAGAAUGUGAUCAAGGGUAAAGUGGCCCCGAUUACGCCGGCGACCCUGAUGCAGAUGGGUCAGACCGUGCAUUCGACGAGCGGACCGCGGCGGUCGAGUGCGGUCAUGAGCAAUAAAGAUGGUUUAGGGGUCUCCCUCACUGAAGAUGAUCAAGAGGAGGGACACAGCGGAUCAUCUUGCGGCACACCCAAAUCGGGUAAACGCUCCUUGUCUGACGUGGCGGAGGAGCCGAAGACGAGGUUCGAAAGACUGGCGGCAGGCUGGAGCGCUAGCCUUAGGGCAUUGAGACCGACGGAUUCAAACAAAGCCAAAAUCACUCGGGCUUCCAAAGCCAACAAGUCGACCAGCGAAGCGAAUAUCCCCACCGAGACCAAAAAAUCGUCACACAAGGCGGCCGAACAGAGGCGAAGAGAUUCCCUCAAAGCUGGUUUCGACGAGCUGCGUCUACUCCUGCCACCUAUCAAUACCGAAGCUCUGGAUCCAGAGACGGGUGAACCCAUACCAGGCAGUUCCGCGCCCCGGCUGCUACCGAAGAGCUCGUUGGUGCCCGACGAUAACCCCAACAAAGGUGUGAGCAAAGUCGCCCUGCUCAAGUACUCGAACGAGUACAUCGAGCGGAUGCAGAGCAAGCUUGAACGCCGGAACAACUACAUCGACCUGCUUAAGGAUGCCAUCCAGGCGAUCCGCUUGCAAGCUGGCAUGAGCCCAGACGAACACGUCGAUGAAUUGCUCGGUUAUGCUUUCGAAGACGAGGACGAAGACGAAGAGCCUACAGGCGCGAGUUCGGCCAAACUCGGCAAGCGACCCUCGCUGGCGGAUCUGGAAGAAGGCGAGGAGGAGAAUGAGGAAAUACACAUGGACUGCGCAGAGGAUGCUACCGAAAAGGUGUCCCAAGCGAAAGGGCGCGGCCGACGGAAAUCCUCGACGACGACAACAGCUAGGCCCAAGCAUCCCCGUCGCAAAUCGUCGUUGAUGAUGACUUCGGGCGAUUCGUCCGUGGUGAACAGUCCGAACCUGCUUCCGGACCAACAAGUUCGAGAGAUGCAAGGUUUGGAUAUCGACAUGAUAUAACACGUCCGGGCGUGGAAUAGAAAGACAAACGAACGAUAUCCUAUAUUAAUACACGUUACAGCAGAUCAUAAUCGUCAACGGCAUGCUAGUCAUCAAGAACAAGGUUGUAUACAGAUACAUGGUAUCGUGAAGGUUGUCAUCAUAAGGUCUGACUUGCCAG